AACUCUCUCUACGGAGUGAAAAUGGACAAUAAAAUAACUAUAUACGACCCCGACGAAGAGGAAGUAGAAAAUGAUAUAUUGCGUGAUAUCGAACCGGUCGUGUGGAUCAAUGACGAUCCAAAUUACGAUUUGGACGAGGUUAACAUGUUUUUUCACAGAGUCGAUUCGGAUCAAAUUAUAUACGAGGAAAAAAGGAAAAAGUGCAAAUUUAUCGGUAAAUAUGUCAUGGGUGAUGUUCUCGGUGAAGGUAGUUAUGGGAAAGUGAAAGAGGUACUGGAUUCGCAAACGCUUUGCCGAAGAGCGGUCAAAAUAUUAAAGAAGAGAAAACUCAGGAGGAUACCGAACGGGGAACAAAACGUUCAACGGGAAAUAAAAUUGUUAAGAAUAUUGAAACAUAAAAAUGUAAUAAAUCUCGUAGACGUUUUAUACAGUGAUGAAAAAGAAAAGAUGUAUCUAGUUAUGGAAUUCUGCGUGUGCGGAUUACAGGAUAUGUUGGAAAGCACACCAACCAAGAAGCUUCCACUUUGGCAGGCACACGAUUAUUUCUCUCAGUUGUUGGACGGUUUAGAAUAUCUUUACAGUAAAGGGAUAGUUCACAAAGAUAUAAAACCUGGAAAUUUGUUACUAACUCUAGAUGGUACUUUGAAGAUUAGUGAUUUUGGUGUUGCGGAGGCAUUAGACAUGUUUUCCAAAGACGAUACAUGUACGAUAGGUCAAGGAUCUCCAGCGUUUCAGCCACCAGAAAUCGCAAAUGGCUGCGAAAGUUUCUCAGGUUUUAAAGUAGACAUAUGGAGUAGCGGAGUUACAUUAUACAACAUUACCACAGGUUUAUAUCCUUUCGAGGGAGACAACAUAUAUAAAUUAUAUGAAAACAUUGGAAAGGGUGAAUAUACUGUACCGAAAGAAGUAGAGGAACCUUUAAAGUCUCUUAUAGAGGGAAUGUUGCAAAAAGAUGCGGAUAAAAGAUUUACAUUGCAACAGGUUAAAAGACAUGCUUGGACCAUAUGCGAACAUCCUAAAACGCAACAACAAGUACCGAUACCUUCUCUUAAAAGCAACGGAUGCCACAGCAUGACCGUCUUGCCAUACUUGAUGGAGUAUCAUUAUGGAGUCGAUGACAAUCCUAUAUAUUAUACGGAACACGAGCUGAAUGAACGAAGACUUCAAGAACUGGAUCGCAUUAGCGAGGAUCAGAAAACGACCACGUGUAAUAGUCAUCAUAACAAGUGUAACACGAACAGUCAAAACAAACGUAGAUGGCGUAAGCCAAUUUCAUGUAUUAGUAUUAAAAGAUUUCCAUCUUGUAAACCAUCGUGAUUGCCAUUUCGCUGAUUGUGUCUCGCGUACAUUUUCAUUCGUAUCUCACUGACCAUGUCAGUUACAAAGUUUCUCUGUAAUGGAGUCAACUGAGAGUGAGCAAGGAUACAGAGUGUACGAGACGCAUGUGUAAUCUAGCUACACAAAUGGAAAAUGCAAGAAUUUUAAAUCGGUUCAGAGAAGUGUCGGACGUGUAAAGAUUGUGAUAUUAAGAUUAAAAUCAUGUAGCGAAUAAUUCAGUGACAUCCUCGAUGAUUCAUUGCCUAGGAGACGCCCAAUCAAAGUCACAUUUCGUUCUGGUGCCAUAUUGACAACGCGAUUAAUAAAAUUAAUCGUCUCACA